AUGGAAGAAGACCAAUUUAGGAGGGAAAAAAGGGAUAGGGGGGAGAAUUUUUUCGGGGAUGAUGAUGAUAAUGAGGGAUGGAAUUUAGUCAAAAGCAAAGAGAAAAGAUUAAAACCACAGCUGAAGGAGGAUAUUGAGAUGUAUUUAUCUAGCAAUGAAAAGUUGCCCAAACAAUUUGCAUUAGCUAAAAUGUUGAAGGCUUGUGGGAUAGUUGAUAUCACCAGAAUAAAAUACAUUAACCCUUUCAAGAUUCGUGUCGAAGUCUGCAGCGAGUUAAGUGCCGAUAAAAUUGAAAAAUGUCAGGAAUUCAAAGAUAAAGGUUGGAAGGUAUAUAGGGCUAUGGAAAGGACUUCAUCUUAUGGCGUCAUUAAAGACGUUGACCUUGAUUUAUCUGACGAGGAAAUUUUAAGAAAUAUAAUGUGUGAUAAACCCGUAGAAAUAAUAUCUGUAUAUCGGCUUAAACGUCGAAACAGAGAGGGAGAAGGUUGGCAGCCAAGUGAAGCGGUACAAGUGUGCUUUAAAGGUUCAUUUAUUCCACAGUACAUAUACGUUCAUGGAUUACGUAUAAAAGUUACUCCUUAUGUAUUUCCCGUAUCGCAAUGCUCGAAAUGCUGGAAAUAUGGUCACCCUACAAAGAAAUGCCCUUCCAGUAAAAUAGUCUGUCCGAAAUGCGGUGGUAGUCAUGAGAACUGUGAAACACAGAAUUUCCAAUGUGUUAACUGUGGUGGAAACCAUAUGGCCUUGCAUAAAGCUUCAUGUCCAGCCUUUUUAAAGGAGAAGAGGUUGAGAGAAAUCAUGGUAGAAUUUAACUGUACUUAUAGGAAAGCCUUAACAGUAUAUGUACCGUCCUCAGCUUCCUUGCUUGGAAAAGAUAGCUUUCGACAACAGUCUGACAACCCUCCUACCAACAUGAUCUCACAAACGGAGAGUAGAUUCCAAGAACGUGAUACCUCCACAUUUGCAGAGAUAGUUAAAACCGACAUCUCAUUGCAUAAAGAGGAUGUAAAUGAGGUUAAAAACACUUCUGCCAAUACUUCAAUGAGAUUUCGACGUACUCGUAGGAGGGACACGGCUUCUUGUAGGUUGGAGCACCCGAUAAACUCAUCUACAAUGAAUAAAAAUAGAAUCGUUGAAAUACCUGAAGAACAAAUCAUAGAAAAAGAAAGUGUUGUACAUGAUAUGCAUAGAGGCAAUAACUGUGACAGGCCUGCAAAUAGCACAUCAUUCACAGGUUUCGACAGAGAAUCAAAACAGGAACACAAUGAGAGGAUGGAUACGCCACAUCGCGCUGUGAACAUCAUGCCGAGGGUGUACAAGCCAGAUCCUCGUGACAGAGAGAGAUAUAAAAAGUAUAGCAAGGAACUCAUCGAGCAGACUGUUCGUGAGUAUAGCGUGGGGAGCAAUUCCUUGAGCAACGUUGCCGAAAAAUUUCAAAUUAAUUAA